AAACUUAUUUUUAAGGAUAUUUGAUUAUUUGGAAGAAAGAUGGUCCCUUUCUGUCUCAUUUGUCAAACAAGUUGCUCUCGGAAAAAAAUGUGCUUCUUUCCUUUAAAGGAUACAAUAAUAGCUUCAAUACAAAAAUUAUUUUGCACAAACGUUGGAACACCUUGGAGUUUGGAACCACAGCUAUUAUCUGUAAUAUCUGUAAUAGUUUGUAUUUGAAUACAAACUAUUACAGUCCAAUUAUAAUAACCAAUUCUUAGCCCCAAACACCUCCUAAGAAGUUGCUUUGGAUGCCGAGUUGAUUUUUGUUGUUUGUUGUUAUUAUAGAUAGCUUAUGUAUUUGAAAUGAAUAAUAUUUUAGUUUGAAUUAUAAUAACAGAGAACAUCGACUAUUAGAAUGAAAAAUCUAAACAUGGUGUAUUAUAUUAGUCCACCUCACCCAAAGCAAAGUGGGACCCAAAUUUUUCUUAAAAAUUAAUUGUCGUAUAUAAAAUGAUUUGAACACUUGUAAGUCGAAUUAAUUUUAGUAUAUAAUUAGUGACAGGUGAAUUUGAAAUAGACACGAUCAGUAUUAAGUCAAACUUUACUAGCGAUUCAACUGACUGUGUGGAAAUAACAAUGAUAAAGAAAUAUGAAGAAUGAGGGUCUCAUUCAAGUGGAUCCUACAAGAUGAUCUACAUCAAAGCAAUAGUAAAGGACAAUGCUGUAUACUCUGUUAUGUUAUUGAAUGCAAGAUUAGUCAAUAUGAGGAUAUGAAAAAUGGAAAACUUUUUUAUUAUUAUUAUUAUUUUAGUGCAACAAUGGUGACAGUGAAGAUGGAAUAAUUUAUUAUUUUUUUUUAAAAAAUCAUCUUAUACUACUAAGCUCACUUUAAUUUAGGUUCACUUUAAUUUAGGUGUUUACUUAAGAUAAUGUAUUAUAAGAUACAAAUUUAAACUAGAAAUUGAGAUUUUCCCUUACUUUGAGUAUAUUAUUUUUAUUUUUUGAUAUUUCAAGUUAGAGUGAGUUAUUAUAGUCGAUCCCGUAUUUGGGGUCUUCAAUUGUAAUAGUUAAUUUUUCAAGCUAUUAUAAUCUAAAAUCAAGUUUAGUAUUAGUGUUUCAAAUUUCUCUUUAUUAUAGUAUUUAUUAUUUUUUAUAAUGUUUACUAUUUCUUACUCUUCAUCUGCAUCUUCAUUAGAGCGUAAAAUAUUUUCAACCUAUAUUAAAAUUAGUUUGCACCGUAAAUACAUAUUAUUAUUAGGAGUUUCUUCAAAAUUUUAACAAACCAGCAAAAUAUUUACAUUGUAUAAAACUUUUGAAAACGGAAAAAACCCACAAUGAAAAAUACUAAAAAUGUCUCAGUCAACACGCGACUAAUAGACCACACACACAUGUGUAAUUCUUCUUCUAAACAAUUAUGAUACGCGAUUAUGUGAGAUAUGAUAAGUAUCAACACUGGCCACGCACUCGUGUGUAAUUAUUCUUCUAAACGAAAGAUCAUGGUACGCGAUCGUGUAAAAAAUGAUACACGAUCGUGUAGGAAAUGAUACAUGAUUGUAAGUUCAUGAUAAACAAUAGUUUUGAAAAGUCAUGGUAAACGAUCAUGUAGUUCAUCUAAUUUAUCCACGACACAUUGAAAAAAAAUAUAAGAUUAAUGAUUGAUCGAAAACAAAGAUAAUAAUAGCAGAAGUAUAAAGAAAAAGAACAAUAAUAAUUGUAGAACAAUGAUUAUGAAUUCAAAAAAAUAUAAAAUAAAAAUUGUAGUAGAAGAAGAGAAGUAGAGACCGCCGCGGUGAAAAAUAUGGAAAGGAAAAAAGAAGAAAUCGGAGCCGUGUGAAAUUCAAAAGCGACAAGCGCAAACUUAAAAUAUUUAAAGAAAUAAUCGAUUUCAUGGACUUUUUAUUUUGUUAUACAAGCCAUAAAUAUUGUAGUGUUAAGUUACAUUACCGUAUUAUUACAUGAAAAUAUAAUAAACGAAAUGCUCUAACCAUCCUUGAAAUAAACAUUUUAAUGAAAACAAAAUUAUAUUUCAUGUUUCAAAUAUAAGUUUAGUAGAAGAUUCAGAAAUUGGAUACUAAAGCAAUUGAAAACUUGAUGCAGUUACUAAAAUAUUAAAUAUUAUGUGACGAUGAAAUGCUGCAUGUUCAAAAAAUUGUAUAAAAAUUGCACUAGCUAAAUUUUAUCAAUUCUAAAUAUUAAUAGGUGAUAAAUAGUAACAUGAAGUUUAUGGAUAUCUAAUAUCGAAAUAAUCUAAAAUUUUGAUAUAUUAUCGGAAAUAUUAUAAUUUAUUUUAAAGGUUGUAUUAAAAGUGAAAGCGUGGAGGAAGGAAAAAGAGAAAGAAAAAAAGAAAAGAAACAAACACUUUGGUGCUGUUGCUGAGAAAGACUGGGUGAGAAGGAGAUGGGGCAUAUACGUAAAUUGACCAACACACCAUCCGUGCGGAUGGGCCCCACGCGUAAGACGGACACUACUUUUUGUUUUUAGUUAUUUUGCAUAGAAAAAGAUAUAUAUAUAUAUAUCAAUAGCUUGGGGAACAAGUAGGUUACCUUCAUCAUCUGGUAAGCAUUGCCCAAAUUCCAAUUCCCACCUUCAUAAUUAUCCUCUCACUCCCCUUUUUCCUUUUCUUUUUUCCCUUUUACUUCAACUCAAAAUGCCAAUUUCAUAUUUUAUACUCUCAUCUCACAAAUCAUUAAAUUUUCAUUUUUACUUAACUCCAAUACUUAUACAAAUAUAAAUUUAAGGUAACUGUUUUGUUUUUAAAAAUUAUGGUUAAUUUUUUUUCUAUUUUUUAAAAGGAAUUUUAUUUAUUUAUUUAUUUAUUUUAUGAGUCAAAUUCUGAAAUUAAAACUUUUUUUGUGCUAAAUUUUCAAGACACUGGAAACGAAUAGAUAGCAAAACAAAAGAAUUUAGAAUCAUGGUAAAAUAAGCAUCAUUUUCAGAAACGAAAAAACCAAGAGUCAAUCGUCAUCAAAAUGUGUUGGUAAUUAAUUUUUUGUUUAUGAUACUUCAAAAUUAAGAAUUUAGCUUCUCUCAAUCUUUCACAAUUGCUUGUAUCUUUUUAGUUUUCGUCUUUUACUUCUUUCUUAAUUCCUAAUCAAAUUUCAAAUAAAAAAAACAAAAUUUUAUCGAAAAUUUAGUUAAGAAUUGGACUCCUUCACUUAAAGAAAAAAAAAAGCAAAACAUUGAUAAAAUAUAGAUAAUAAAGAAAAAAAAAACUAGAGAUAGAAGUGGUAAUUGUAGACUUAAUCUUAAAAAAAACAAAAGAAAAAAAAAUCAGAAAAGCAAUAACAAAUGUUUACAAAAAUCCAACCUCAACCUUAAAACUUUGACAUUUAAAACUCGUAGAUCUACCUGACACAAAAAUCAAAAGUCUUUUUAAAUUUAUAUCGAAUAGAACAGUUUAUUUUAAUCUGGUAGGAACUUAUUAUAUUUAGGGACCGAAGAAAAAUAAAGAUUAGAAAGCAAUGACCAAAUAUGUAAUUUAAGUUAAAAGAGAAACUUCGUGGCUAAGAAAGAAAACGAAAGAAACACAAAACACCACGUACGAUCUCUUUGGAUGUGACUCUCAAGAUGGCCUGAAUUCCCCACCACUCCCUCAACACCCUUCACGUCAUCAAUCUUUUGGAUAUUUUCCCAAACCUUCAUAUUGCCUUUUUCACUUCCUUCUUCAUCAUAGAUAUAGAUGCCUAUAAAACCCCUUCUCUUUGGUUUCCUUACCCCUUUUGCUUCUCUUCUCUUCUAAAACUCUUAUUUACCCAAAAAACAAAAAUCCCAAAACCAAAGGCAAAACCAUUGUUUUUCUUUGUUUCAACCAGUGAGAGGAGUUUGAAGAAAGCGCAUGACGUCUGAGAAUUCUAGUGGAGGAAAGACAUCAAGAAAGAGGCGAAAUGGGUAUGUUUCAGUAGUGGACACUCUAAACAAGUGGAAGAAGUUGAAUAAUCAAUUGGAGGAUUUGGCUAAAGAUGGAGGAGUAGAGGAAACUCGUAGAGUUCCAGCUAAGGGCUCCAAGAAAGGUUGCAUGAGAGGGAAAGGAGGACCUCAGAAUUCAGAUUGCAAUUUUAGAGGUGUUAGACAGAGGACAUGGGGAAAAUGGGUAGCUGAAAUUAGAGAGCCAAUUGCGAGUAACAAUAAUACCCGUUUGAAGAAGAAAGGCACUCGUUUAUGGCUAGGCACUUUCUCCACUGCUCACCAGGCUGCUCAUGCUUAUGAUGAAGCUGCCAAAGCCAUGUAUGGCCCUUUUGCUCGUCUUAAUUUUCCUGAUUCUUCUUCUCCUCCUGUUAUGAAACCAUUAACAUCAGAGCAUUCUGAUACGAUAUCUCCUGUUGCUUCUUCCUCCUCUUCUUCUUCGUUCUUUAAUGGAGUACCUGCAGAGAAAAUGAAGGGCUGUUAUUCAAUGGACAAGCAAGAGAAUUGUGAGUAUGAAUCAAUGGAGGAACUGAAGGUGAAAGUGGAAGAAACAGCAAGAAGUAGAGUCCAUUGCACAGAUAUUAAACCCAAUUCAUUUUAUGAUUCUAACAUUGGGAACAGAUCAGAAGGAAAUAUAAUGGAAGGGUUAGCUGAUGUUUUAAGAAGCCAUGAUCAGAAUAGCCCUUCUGAGCUUUGUUUUAAAUUUGAAGCUAUGGAUACAAAUGGCUGCAAUGACUUGAAUGAAUGCAAUCAAUAUGUGCUACAGAAGCUUCAGAGUGAUCCAUAUGGAAGAACUUACUGGAUUCCAGCCGAGUGGGAGAUCGGCGAUCUUGGGUCUGCGACGGUGAUGGAAGGAAAGCCAAUGGAGAUUGAGAGCUAUGGAGAUUGUAUGGCCUUCAACCGUGAUCUGGGUUUGUUGCUGGAUCGGCAAAAACACAUGGGAGUUGGUGACCAGAGAGUUGAUGAUUGUAACAACUUUGAGUUUUUGAGACCUGAUUAUGAUUUUGGGUUGGAGGAGGAACGAAAGUGGCUUGAUUUAUGCUUCCAUGGAUGAAGAUUGAAAGUUUAGGCAGUGUAGUUUUUUCUUUCGUUACAAUUCUAUUCUAUUUUGAGCGUACAUAGUAGUUUCAUUUCUUCUUCUUUUUGUAGACCCCUGUUCUUUUGUGCACCUUGAAUAACAUGAGAUAUUAGAAUGAAGUAUCAAUAUUCAUUUGUUUCUUGAUUA